UUGUGUUUUUAAUAAUUUUUGUGCAAUUUUUUUUAGAGUAUAACAAUGUUGAAAUAGACUUUUAAAAAAUACGCAUGGGUAUAUUUGACAUUUUCAAAAGUUUUUUUCAAUCUAGCCCAACUACUAAUGGUGAUCCAUCACGUUUACCUCCAAAUAUUGAAAAUGAUCUGAGACAAGAUAUCUUAUCAAAUCAUGAAGAUAUCAAUAGCGUUAUGACUUUUACUGAAAAUAAUGAUACAAAGCAGAUUAUGGAGGAAAUGGAAAGUCUUUUUGAAAAUUUUUUCAAUUUUGGAAUAAAAGCUGACAAUUUUUUUGGAUCUUUACCAAGUAAUAACUAUGAUGAGAACAAAACACAAAGUCUUCGAGAUAAAAUGUUGAAUGAAAAAGAAGAGGUUCCAUUUGAUGAAGAUAGACAGUUCAAUUUUUUUACUGGAAAGCUACCUUCAAUAUUCAAGUUUCCGAUUGAGAAUGACAUCUUUCAAAAUACUGAUGGAACAGAUGAAAAACAAAUUUAUGAUGAAGACUUUGAUAGUGAUAUCAGAAGUGGAAAAAAGUCACUUGAUGAUGUAUUGAAUGAAAAGACAUCUCAGCAUUCUUUUAAUAUCAGCUCAUUACCAAAGAAUGGAAUAUUUAAUUUUUCAAGCACAACCAAGAAGAUAAAUUCAGAUGGUUAUAUUGAAACUCGAACUACAAAAAAACUACCUGAUGGUUCUGAGCAAACAAUAGUCAGUCGCUCAAUUGGGGAUCAAACACAUUCAGUUACCAGUAAAAAACUAGCGUCUGGAGAAGAGAUAAGAACAGAAGAUUUUGUUAAUAUGAAUCAAGAUGAAUUAAAAGCUUUUGAUGAGAAAUGGAACGUCAAAAAAAGACCAUUAUUGCCUAAUGGUAGUUCUUGGGGAAGUUUUUUGCCGCGUCCGUGGUCGAAUCCGAAAUUGUAAAUUCUAUACUUUUUUGAGGUUUUGUAAAAAGAUAUUUAUUUUGGAUGUUAAAAUUGUAAAUUUUUUAAAUUAUGGUUCUUAUAAUAUAAAUUUAUAUAUA